AUGUCCCUCCCAUUGACGGCUACCCUCUUCUACAAAUCCGCCUACCCAGGCGUAAUAUCCGCCUUCUCCUCGCUGCCCCGUCCGCAACCCCUCGAUGUAGCCUACUGCGCUCGUGCUCACUUGGCCCUCACGCCUCCUUCCAUCUCUUCGGCCCUCUCCCUCGUCCAGCAGCACAGCGACUCGCUCGGUCCCACAUCCUCCAAGGCAUUGCAAGCAUUCGCGCGUGUGGUUGAGGCAACCUCAGCUGCUGCUGGUGGAGAUGGAGAAGAGGUAGACUUGAGCACUCAAGUGUCGGCACUCGCGGAUCUGCAUGCCGAGGGGGAGGAGAGGGAGCAUUACGAUGGCGAGAUGGAGCUGCUCGAGUGUCUGUUGGCGACGACACAGUGGCUUGAUCAGGAUCCAUUAGGGGCAUUGGAGACGUUGAAGAUGGGGACAUGCACGCAGAGGAACUUGGGCUCCCUCUCCCUCGGAAUUCACCUCCUCCUCCUGAACCAUCGCCUCGAUCUUGCCACAAAAGAGUAUGAAGCUGCUCGCUCAUGGGCAGACGACUCCCUCGUCAUUCAGCUAAUCGAGGCAUCCCUCGGCCUCUACUCUGGCGGCCGUGCGGCCCAACAAGCCUACUACGUGUACGACGAGUUCGCUAGCCCCUCGGCCACGUCGGAAGAUGGCAAGCAGGGUAGGGCGGCAGCUAUGAAGCUGGGAAGGGGGGUGGCUUUGAUGAAGCGCGGGGAGUGGGGCAAGGCUGAGGAGGGAUUGAGGGAGGCGGGGACUGGCUUGCAGCAGGCUGGGGAUGGACAGGGAACAGGGCCCAUCGAGAGGGAUAUCCAGGCGAAUCUGGCCGUGGCGGCGUUGCAUCUCAACCCGGCGUCCAAGUUGGAGAAUGCCGGGCAGGAGCACCUCGACCGUCUCGCGACCCCCGCACCCCCACACCAGCUGCACACCUCCCUCGCAGAGAUGAGCCGACGAUUCGACGGUCUCGUUGCAAGCCGAGCAGUCGUAGCAGCGAGUGGCGACGCCUAG